AUGUGUUUGGUGUUCGUGUGCGAUGAGGAUCAAAGGGUUUUGUCUAGGCAACCAGCUCCAGGGGCAUGCCCCUUCUGUGGAGGUAUGAUCCAAGCCACUGACGUUGAAAGCCAAUGGAGGUUCUGUUUCGUUCCUCUUUACUGGAAAACCAAACGCAAGUUCUAUUGCACUAUGUGCACUAGGCAACUCGUUAUGCAGUAGAAAAAACACCGUUACUUUAUAUAAUUGUUGUUUUUUUCCCAUGAUCUGUGAAGUUUUGAGAGGAGGGUUGACCUAAUUUUAUCUUUGUUCUGUGAAUUUGAUGUAAAAUAUAUACUGUAUGAGAAAUAGAGAUAUUCAUAUACUUACCUUGAUUGCAUGAAA